UUGGGCAAAAAAAUAAAUAAAUAAAAAAAAUAAAUAAAUAAAUAAAACACGCAUCAUGUUAUUUAUACCCCGCUGAAAAAGGGUCAGUCCCGCCCACUCGGCUUAGUGCCACGCCCACUGGCUUCCAUUUUGGACGGCCUGUUUCGUUUUUCUGGCUAAACACCUGUAGUCUUAUGUAAAAGUAGCAUCAGCAAAAAAUGGCAUGGGCGCUAAUGCACUUUAGUACUCCACCCUAACCUUAAUCAUAACUCCAGUGUGGCUAUGUUAUUGUUAAGGUUAGGGUUAGUGUAGAGUACUAAAGUGCAUUCCAUGGAAUGCUUUACAAAUCGAUCAGACUACACUCAACAACGGUUGCCCAAGUAUGGGGUGACAUCUUUCUUAGCCACUAUGGUCUUUCCUGAGGCCUGCUUCACAGAUGGAACUUUGGACACGAUUAAAUCUGUUGAAUCAAUCGUUGGUGAAACAGGUAAAGGUGCAGUGUGUGAAGGAAUCCAUGCAGAGGGUCCAAUUGUGAACGACCUAGGGGGUCUUCCAAAGGGUAACAAUCAAAUGGCGAUGUCGGAAUUCACUCAACUUCUAGAUUCCAUGCCCAGCUGUAAGUUAAUGACAAUUAGCCCACACAUUGAUGUGCAGUCUGGAUAUGAGAAGAUCAAAAGCUUAGUUCAAAGGGGAAUAGUGCCCUCGCUUGGCCAUGAUCGAGUUGCAACUGAAGCCGAGAUUCUUGGAGCUAUACAAGCCGCCCAUCCAACUCAAUGUCAUAUUACUCACCUCUUCAAUGUUACCAACUUUCAUCACAGAACACCAAGUCUUGUUAAUUUUGGACUAAUUGAUGUCUUUCCUAAUAUUCCUGGAUAUGAAAGGCUAGCUCCUCCAUCAGUAGAAAUUAUAGGUGAUAUGUGUCAUGUACAUCCGUUAACUGUUGGAGUCUUACUAAAAGCUAGGCACUACAAUCAAAUAGCAUUUAUAUCCGACUGCACGGCAGAGCCAGUACCUGCCAAAAAACUUAACUAUAGCGGUAGAACAAUGGAAGUAUCUUCAGAUGGUAAAUGUCUUUUCGUUAGCGGUACCUCUACUUUGGCUGGAAGCUGUUGUACAAGCCAUGAUGCAUUCAAGUCCCUGGUAAAGACCUUCCAUUUGACAAUAGGAGAAGCUUCUAGAAUGGUUUCACAAACUCCAGCAAGUAUUGCUAAUCUGAAGAAAAUUGGGAAGAUAGAAAUUGGGCACAGAGCCGACAUAGUACUUAUGGACGAAAACUUAAACCUCAAGAAAACAUUUAUAGCUGGCAAGCUCUAUUAUGAUGCUGACAAUUAAAUUCUAUAUUUUGGAUUCUUUUUAAAUUAUUUUUCAUAAUCACAUAUAGGCAAAAUAUAUUUCAAUCAGCAUUUAACUACUACUACUAUCCAUUCCAGUGGUUUGUUUUUUAAUUAGACUUAUUCCAAAUAAUUUUUUUUUUUUUUAAACCACAACUUUUCCAUUGAACGCUGCAGUUGUUAUAAAAUUUGUGGGGUUAAUUUGAAAGAAUCACUUAUUAAAAAUGGUUUUAUUGCUAAAAUGGUACUAUGUAAUUGUACAUAGGCCUGUCUGACUUACUGCAAUAUUAGUAUUAUUUAAUUGAUGAAAAAUUGUACGUAGCAGAUAUUCAAGAAAAAGGCUUACCCAAAAUAAUUACAUCUGGUGCAUCGCUUAUUCAAGGGCAGACAUUCAGACUGUUAUUCCAACACUUCCAACCACAGCAAGUUUGAAAUAAUGAUCAAAUAAUAAUAUUAUUAUCAUUGUCUUUUAUUUUUAUUAUUACAAUAAUAUGUAUUAUUAUUAUUUUAUUACUAAUUUCUCAUGGAGUCUAUUAAUAAUGUAAAGAGGGUAGAGAAAAGACAUUCAGACUGUUAUUCCAACACUUUUCAACUGAGAUAACCUGCCCUAGUUGGUAAUGUUUAGUCAAGUGGCGCUGAUGGGGACACAACUUCAUCAACACUUGUCAGCCAAUGUGAUUUCAUAAAGAAAGCAAUGUAAUGGAUGUGCGCAACAGGUCACUUAAAUUUUCAUCUCCUUAAUCUCUGCCACUGACAAUCAGCAAAUGGCAUCGAAUUGUCAACUAUUUUUCCCAUGAACUCUACCAGAGAUUUUUAUUCCAGGACCCUGACCAAGGCUCUAGUCGGCCCCUUGGUUCAGAACUCCAUGUCGGACCCCUUGUCGUGAAUUUCUGAGGCCACAACUGGUUGUCAAGGUUUGACAGAGAGCGGAGGUGGAUUCAUACAGGCUUUUGCCUGUUUGCGAGACUUUUAAUAUCUUGUAUAGCGAAUUUACUUUUUUAAAGAUCGUUUUAAAAAGUGCGGUAACUAAAAUUUUGUUUUCUUAUUUAGCAAAAUUGUUUUGCCAAAAGUAUCGAGGAGGAUGAGAAAAUAAAUAUAAAAUUGUACUGUUAAAUUAUUAUGAAGCGUAUUUAUGAAAUGGAUAAUUGCUGUAAAUUUAUAUAAUUUAUUUAUUUUUGGAGAUUUCAAGAGAUUAGAGGGCUUUAUAAGAAUAUGUUUUUUUUAAAUUUUGAAAUUCCUUUUUUUUUUAGUGGCAGAAGGUGGAUAAAUGGCUAAAAUGAAAUUUUAUUUUUUAUUCCAAACAACCAUUGUUGGUGAUUGGAGGGUUCGCUAAACAAAGUAUAAAAAAGUCUCGCCUAAAAUUCAGUGGUGUAGCGGAGAUCAUCAAAGAAAAUAGUUUGGUUUCUUGAAAUUUAUUAGGCGCUUUUUUACCAAUAAUAUGUUUAUUACUAUAUUUCUUAUUUUAAAAUAUUGAAAUUAUUAUUAAAUGUCAUAAUUAUUGAUAUCUUAAUAUCUCUCCUAAUAUUCAAAGGUACAUCAUACUAUAUCUAACUUUGUAAGAAAAAUAAUAAAGGAUUUUAUACCAUUACUUUUAAUCCUUUCAAAGUACAUUCCUUUAUCAAGCUGAGUUAAAUUUAUAGUCUAUUUUUUCAUUAUUUAUUAGCGUUAAUUUAUUCAUUUUCUUCUUUUAUAAAUAUUCCUAAUUUUUAUACUUUCUUGAAAUUAUGUAUUUAUGAAUGUGUUAAAAUUAAUAUUGUAGCGAAGUGUAUGUUUUUGGGGCUUGCUAUCUUUUGGAAUGUGUUGCAAUAUUAACCUAAAGUGAGUUUAUUAGCUCACCUAAACUCACGAUUUCUCGCAACUUUGUGUCAUGCAUUAUGUUUCCACAAUCAUUGAAGAAACAACAUGUAUUGAAUAAAUCUACGUUAGAACAUCAA